AUGGUGCGAGUUAAAGACGGCCAAAAGGCCAAGGCUCAAUUGAGCGCGGAUGACAGCUAUGACCGGUACCGGGGAUUUCAAUGGCGGCCGUUGUUGCUGCUGGUUGCGGCCGUUGGUCUCGGAAUGGCACUGAAAGACGACUUUUCCAGACCAGACCGAUACCUGUUCUCUCUGGUUCCCUCGUCUUUUCUCUCAUUGGAUCAGCGUGUCGCAAGGAUCAUGGCCGGGACCCCUCUAAUAGACGGACAUGAUGAUUUGGCAUGGAGUAUACGCUCGCACUUCCAGAACCACAUCUACGACCAGGACUUCCGCUCGCGGUUCGAAGGCGGUGGGAUGCCGGACCAUAACGACUUGGCCCGGCUGAAGGAGGGCGGGCAGGGCGGGUUCUUCUGGAGCUGCUGGGUCGAAUGUCCGGCCGACGGAUUCGACUUUUCUAAUGAAAAUUACGCUUCCACCGUCGUCCUCGCACUUUCACAAAUCGACCUCAUCCAUCGCUUGCAGGCCGCCCAUCCAGACGUCUUUUCUCCCGCCACGCUCGACAGCACCGCAGCCCUGAAGGCUUUCAGGCGUCACGGCAAGCUGCUCUCCCCAAUCGGGCUCGAGGGACUGCACAUGAUCGGCAGGAAUGCCUCCAUGCUGCGUCUCUACCACAGCCUCGGAGCCAGAUAUGUCACCUUGACGCACAAUUGCCACAACGCCUUUGCAGACGCUGCGCAGCUGGCGGUCCACGAGGAACCACUCGAUCUGGGAGCCGCCAUACCUGCAGCGCCGCACUGGGGCGGAUUGAGUCCGCUGGGCACCAAGCUCAUACGCGAGAUGAACCGUCUGGGCAUGAUCAUCGACCUGGCCCACGUCCAUCCCGCGACAAUGCACGACGUGCUUGCGGGCAACCAAACCAAGGGGUUUCCCGGGAGCCAGGCGCCGGUCAUCUUCUCGCACUCGUCGGCGCACGCGCUGUGUCCUCACCCGCGCAACGUCCCGGACCACAUUCUCCCGCUGGUCAAGCAGACCGACUCGGUAGUCAUGGUGACGUUUGUGCCCGAGUUCAUCUCGUGCGUCAACGCCACCGUCCCGGACACCCUGCCGGCCUUCUACCCGGCCAACUCGACCCUCGCCUGGGUCGCCGACCACAUCAUGUACAUUGGCGGCAAGAUCGGGUUCGAGCACGUCGGCAUCGGCAGCGACUUUGACGGCACCCCGACCACGCCCAGCGGACUGCAGGACGUGACCAAGUUUCCCGACCUGUUGAAGGAGCUGUUGAGGCGCGGCCUGAGCGACGCCCAAGUCGAGGGCAUCACGGGUGGCAAUCUCCUUCGUGUGUGGAAGAGGGUCGAGGAGGUGGGAGUCGAGAUGCAGCGCGAGGGUGUCUUGCCGAUGGAAGACGACAUCUAG